UGUCUAAUGUCAAAAAUCCAUAGAAUUUUAUUGCUUUAUAAUAUAGGUGCAUAAAUAAAUAUCAGUUCAAUUCACUUAAAAGUUGUUACCCCGUAUUAUGAAAGAUUUAGACAAAUAUUAAAAUAAACAUUGAUAUUCAAGACUGCAAAUUUCAAUAUUAGAGUAACUGCCAUGGCUAGUCAAAUUCAAAAGGUGUUAAAGCAAGCUUUGUUAACAUUUACAAGUAAACCAAAUCAUUUUAUAUCCAAUCUCGAUAAUUUAUCGCAGAUAUUAGAUAAAACAGUAGCAGAAGAUCUAAAUUUCGAUAUUACUACUGUUAAUAAAGAUGGAGAGGGAGCUCCAGUAACAUAUAUAGAUGUCUACGAAGAUAAUCUUCUUACCAUGGGUAUUUUUGUUGUACAAAAAGAUAAGAAGUUGCCGUUACACAAUCAUCCUGAAAUGUAUGGUUUAAUAAAAGUAUUAGCAGGUAAAAUUAGAGUAAUAAGUUAUUCUAUUAACACUCCAAAAACCAUAGAAGUUGAUACUAGAAGUACCAAAGAUGCUACCACACAAACUGGAUCUAGUACACGAAUUUUGCUAAUGCCUGAUAGAAAUACGAGAAAACAAUUAAUAACUGCAGAGUUGGUUAGUAAUGAUAUAGUUGGAGUUGAAAGUAAACCAUGUAUUUUGGACCCGAAUAAGAGGAAUAUUCAUGAAAUUCAUAGUGUUGAUGGCCCAGCAGCAUUUAUAGAUAUUUUGGCACCACCAUAUAACACUGAAAUCCCUGGUGUUGGUAUUCGAUAUUGUUCAUAUUACAGUAUACUUAGUAAUGUUUUACCAAAUGUAUUCCGUUUACAAGAAAUCAGAAACCCCUCUUGGUAUUGGACAGAUACUUUACCAUAUUUGGGCCCAAAUCCAGCUGCUAAUUUGAAGGAAGAAGAAAUGAUGUAGAUUUUUCUUAAGAAUGUUUGUUCAGUGUAUGUGAUAUUUUUUUUUAUUUGCAGUGUAAAUUCAAAAUGUAAAUAUUAAAUAAAUAAAAGAAUGGUACUUUUAUUGUAUGAAAACAA